UAUAUUAACAGAAAAUCAAGUUGCUCAGCCCCAAACUCCGUCGUCUUUUGUUCAAGAACAACCCUAAUUUUCAGCGAAUCCGUCGUCUCGUUCACCGCCGUGAACCACAGCAGAAUAGCGGCCAACAAAAUCAUCAUCAAAAGAAAAACAUUGCAUGUGUGCGCCGACAAAUCAUCCAGGUUCAUUCCGUUGUAGCCUUCACAAGAAUUCAAAUCAGACCAAAUAUGCCCAUAUCAAAACGACGACGACGAAGAAGAGUCAUCAGCACUUGAAUUUGAAGAUUAUUCGGCGUUCGGCGAUGGUGAAUUCGGUGGUUCGGAUUGGUGCAGUUGAAGAUGGCGAAUUGAUAAAGAGGAAACUUAGUGCUUUCAUUAUUGAAUAGCUUAUCAAAUAAAGAGAGAGAAAAUAGUGUAAUUGAAUUGCGUAUUUAGUGGCUUAGGGGUAGGAGGUAAUCAAAAAGGUAAAUGAUAUUUAUUUGAAAUAAAUAAGGUGGUAAAAAUUCCAAAUCUUAACAAAAUCAUGCAGACGGCCCAUGGACAAAGGCCCGAAUGAAGCAAGCCCAAGUUGAACACGAGCAACUUACUGUGACGAGCAUGAAACGGCGUCGCAAUUAACUGUUACAGAAUGACAGCGACCUCCGACAGCCGGUCUUUGAGAUCUCCGCGUUCACAUUUGGGAUAACUGCAAAGUCAAUAUGGUUGCUUCUGGUGGUUAUCACCAAGCAAUACACUUCAUAAGUUGCAACACUUGUGCUUCUAAUGAGGGCUUUAGGAACUUCUUGGUUACAUCUUCAUAUGGGGGUCUUAAAAUGAAACCAGUUUUAAGAAAAGGAAGUUGCAAUUUGGGGCACUCUGUAAAAUGCAUAGGGCAUUCACCAAAUUCAUCUUUAUGUGCUAUUAAGCCAAUUUUCUCCUCCUUGUCAAGUACCAAAGAUUCACGGAGAUCAGCACCUGAAUCAUACUUAAUCUUAAUACGGCAUGGAGAAUCGAUGUGGAAUGAGAAGAACCUGUUCACUGGUUGUGUAGAUGUGCCACUAACCAAUAAAGGAGUAGAAGAAGCAAUUGAAGCCGGUAAGAGAAUCAGACACCUACCCAUUGAUGUUGUCUACAUCUCUGCAUUGAUUCGUUCUCAGAUGACUGCCAUGCUUGCUUUAACAGAGCACCACUGCAAGAAGGUGCCCAUUAUUAUACACAAUGAGACUGAACAAGCCAAAUUAUGGAGUCAAAUUUAUAGUGAAGGCACCGAGAUGCAAUCUGUUCCUGUUAUUAAAGCAUGGCAACUGAAUGAAAGAAUGUACGGGGAACUUCAAGGAUAUAAUAAGCAGGAAACAGCUGAAAGAUGCGGGAAAGAGCAAGUCUAUAAAUGGCGCCGAAGCUAUGAUGCUCAGCCACCCAACGGUGAGAGCUUGGAAAUGUGCCUGCGAAGAGCUGUUACCUAUUUCAAAGAGCAAGUUGAACCCCAACUUUCCGGUGGAAAGAAUGUGAUGGUAGUAGCUCAUGCAAAUUCAUUGAGGUCCAUCCUAAUGUAUCUUGAUAAAUUGACUGCUGAGGAGGUCAUCCACUUAGAACUCUCAACUGGAGUACCAAUGCUUUACAUAUACAAAGGGAAUCAGUUCAUCAGGAGGGGAAGUCCCUUGGGAUCUAUGGAGGCCGGAGUUUAUGCUUAUACAGAGGUAAGAUAUCUUUUCUGCUUAACUAAUGUAUGUCAUUCUGUAGGAGUUAGUUUGGUAGGUAGCUUCCAUUUAUUUCUGUAUUUUGAAGUACUUCAGAUGUGAAACUGAAAAAAACACUAGUAAAUUGAUAGAAAGAUCAGUUUAAGCUGACGUUGUGCUAUUACCCUAUUGAGAUAUCACGUUUAUGAUGCCAAGGACACAAUAGCAUGACGAAAGUUUCAAAUAGAAGAUUAAGAUGUGCUUCCUUGACCAUAACGCUAAAAUGGGAAUAUUAUCAAAGGCAACAAGAGUUGAAAAAAAAGAAGACAAUGUUUGCUAAGGCUCUAAGCGCAAAGCGCAAUUGAAGUGUGGGUUUUAGUGAAUAAAGCCUAAGUGGAAAAAAGGUAAUUCAUGAAAAGGUAACUACAAAAAACAAAAAACAAUUACAUCAACAAAAGAUUUUUAAAAUAGCUACAACAAUCAGGUUCGAAAUCUGUUUUCGAUUUUAAAUUUCCAAUUGAGAUACAAAACAAGCAAACUUAAUGUUUAAUAAUUUUAUGUUUAGUGACUGAUUUUCAUAUGCUAUAUUCUUAAUUAGUUACUCUUCAUCUCUCACAUAAUCAUUCAUAACAUUUUCUUAGUAAUGACUAUAUCAGUUUGCCCGCUAUAUCCAUUGUUUAGUCUGACCCUACUAAAGGGAGCCCUGAUAAAAUGGGAAUAUUAUCAAAGGCAACAAGAGUUGAAAAAAAAAAGACAAUGUUUGCUAAGGCUCUAAGCGCAAAGCGCAAUUGAAGUGUGGGUUUUAGUGAAUAAAGCCUAAGUGGAAAAAAGGUAAUUCAUGAAAAGGUAACUACAAAAAACAAAAAACAAUUACAUCAACAAAAGAUUUUUAAAAUAGCUACAACAAUCAGGUUCGAAAUCUGUUUUCGAUUUUAAAUUUCCAAUUGAGAUACAAAACAAGCAAACUUAAUGUUUAAUAAUUUUAUGUUUAGUGACUGAUUUUCAUAUGCUAUAUUCUUAAUUAGUUACUCUUCAUCUCUCACAUAAUCAUUCAUAACAUUUUCUUAGUAAUGACUAAAUCAGUUUGCCCGCUAUAUCCAUUGUUUAGUCUGACCCUACUAAAGGGAGCCCUGAUAAAAUGGGAAUAUUAUCAAAGGCAACAAGAGUUGAAAAAAAAAAGACAAUGUUUGCUAAGGCUCUAAGCGCAAAGCGCAAUUGAAGUGUGGGUUUUAGUGAAUAAAGCCUAAGUGGAAAAAAGGUAAUUCAUGAAAAGGUAACUACAAAAAACAAAAAACAAUUACAUCAACAAAAGAUUUUUAAAAUAGCUACAACAAUCAGGUUCGAAAUCUGUUUUCGAUUUUAAAUUUCCAAUUGAGAUACAAAACAAGCAAACUUAAUGUUUAAUAAUUUUAUGUUUAGUGACUGAUUUUCAUAUGCUAUAUUCUUAAUUAGUUACUCUUCAUCUCUCACAUAAUCAUUCAUAACAUUUUCUUAGUAAUGACUAAAUCAGUUUGCCCGCUAUAUCCAUUGUUUAGUCUGACCCUACUAAAGGGAGCCCUGAUAAAAUGGGAAUAUUAUCAAAGGCAACAAGAGUUGAAAAAAAAAAGACAAUGUUUGCUAAGGCUCUAAGCGCAAAGCGCAAUUGAAGUGUGGGUUUUAGUGAAUAAAGCCUAAGUGGAAAAAAGGUAAUUCAUGAAAAGGUAACUACAAAAAACAAAAAACAAUUACAUCAACAAAAGAUUUUUAAAAUAGCUACAACAAUCAGGUUCGAAAUCUGUUUUCGAUUUUAAAUUUCCAAUUGAGAUACAAAACAAGCAAACUUAAUGUUUAAUAAUUUUAUGUUUAGUGACUGAUUUUCAUAUGCUAUAUUCUUAAUUAGUUACUCUUCAUCUCUCACAUAAUCAUUCAUAACAUUUUCUUAGUAAUGACUAAAUCAGUUUGCCCGCUAUAUCCAUUGUUUAGUCUGACCCUACUAAAGGGAGCCCUGAUAAUGAGAGCACUGAAGCUGCACUUAGCUUCAGGGUUUAAGCCUACCUCAAGUGAGCUUUUAACAA